AUGGAUCUUAAAGUGAAUCACAAUGAUGAUGACGAGCGUAAUAUUCCUGUAUCAGAGGAGAUAACAAUGGUCCAAGAAGAAGAGGAUAUUUCAACUUUAAAUCAAGAAAAAUUAGCACGUUUUGCACUCAUUAAGCAGUAUAUAGAAAAAUUUGUUAACAAUCAGUGUAUUUGCUGUGAACUUUUGUCGGAAUUCAAAUAUGAGCCAGAGUAUCAAAGUCUUCUUAACAAUAUUAACGAAGAAUGCGUUUUAUCAAACGUACAUCAAUUUUUAGAAGUUUUCGAUAAGAAUACUAAAGAAAACAAUGCUUUAACAAAGUACUGGCAUCUUCUUCUUGCCUUAUUUAUUCAACAAAUUCCAUUAAAUGUCAUUGAAGAGUAUGUUAUUCCUUAUUGCAAUGAAAAUUACAAUAAACCAGGAGUAGGAAGGUUAAUAAUGGAUUUAAUGAAUAUAGAUUGCAUACCUUCCGAUGUUAUUGUUCCGAUCGCAUUUAAAUUAAGCGGUAUUGAAUUUGUACAAGCAUAUAUUACAAUAACGUUCACAUACCCACACGUUUUACUUAAUAUUCCUACUUUCUACCAAAGAUUGAUCGAGAUUGACGACCCAGAAAUUUUAGUAGCCAUUAGACGAAAGUUUACACCACAACAAAUCGUGGAAUACGGAACGCAGGAAUUUGUUUUGAACAAAUUAAGCGAAGAAAGAUCGUGGCAAGCUCCUGGAUUGAAAUUCCUUCAAUUCACAGCUCAAGACAUUGGAAAUUUUGAUGAAAUUGGAUUGAAGAUAUUCGAGUUAUCAGGUUCUUAUAGAAUAUGGAUCAAAGAAACGAUGAUAAAUUAUUUUCAUCAUUUCUUACAUGAUUUUAGCAAUGAAUUCCUUGCCAUUCUCGAGCACAAUGGCUUCUUACCAAUGAUAUUCGAUUUAACUGAAGGAAUUCUCACUCCUCAAAAUUUAAUCAAAACAUUAGAGAUUUUGACUUACUUUUUAGGGAGAUUCAAAGACCAUCUCAUUAAUCUGUACAGCGAACACAUGGAUAUCCUUAUUGACUACGCCACAAACUCGAAUGACGAAGAUGUCACCCGCCUUGCAGAAAAUAUACUGAAAAUGAUGGAAAGUAUAACUGGUGAGUCAUACAUUUAA